CAGAGAGGCCGCUGUGGCCACUGGGGGGCACUCAGCCCCCCCAGGUCUCGCCGGCCGCCCCCAGGAGUCCACGGGGCGGCCGGGGUCUCCAUCAGGCCUGGCAGGACCAAGAUGCUGUUCCCUGUCUGCCCCCUCGCCCCCACCCAACGUCCCCGCCCACCGGAACAUCUGGUGUGACUGGAGUCAGCCGGAUGCCAGCUGACCCUGGGCCCGAGGUGGGCAGCGGCUGGCCGGGCCUCCUCAUGUCCUGCCUGAAGGGCCCACAUGUCAUCCUCAAGAUGGAGGCCAUGAAGAUCGUGCACCCUGAAAAGUUCCCUGAGCUUCCAGCCGCCACCCCUUGCUUCCCACCUGCACCUCGGCCCACCCCUACUCUGGCACCUAAGCGUGCCUGGCCCUCCGACACAGAGAUCAUUGUCAACCAGGCCUGUGGGGGGGAAAUGCCUGCCUUGGAAGGGGCACCCCACACCCCACCCCUGCCACGGCGACCUGGCAAAGGCAGCUCGGAACUGGGCUUCCCCAGAGUGGUGCCAGCGGACGAGGUGAUUGUGAAUCAGUAUGUGAUCCGGCCCAGUCCAGCAGCCUCAGCCAGCUCCUCCUCAUCGUCCUCAUCGUCAUCAGGGGCAGCAGCAGCAGCAGCUGGGGAGCCCCUGGAGUGCCCCACCUGCGGGCACACCUACAAUGUCACGCAGCGGCGGCCCCGGGUGCUGUCAUGCCUGCACUCAGUGUGUGAGCAGUGCCUGCAGAUCCUGUAUGAGUCCUGCCCCAAGUACAAGUUCAUCUCCUGCCCCACCUGCCGCCGUGAGACUGUGCUCUUCACCGACUACGGCCUGGCCGCGCUGGCUGUCAACACGUCCAUCUUGAGCCGCCUGCCACCCGAGGCAUUGACCGCUCCAUCUGGUGGCCAGUGGGGGGGAGAGCCUGAGGGCAGCUGCUACCAGACCUUCAGGCAGUACUGUGGGGCUGCGUGCACCUGCCAUGUGCGGAACCCGCUGUCUGCCUGCUCCAUCAUGUAGCACCCACCUGCCCGCUGCUGGCCUCCAGUCCUCACUUGCUGCUUCUUCAGGGACCCAGCCCUACCCUGUCACCCGCUGACCUUCCCUUGCCCACCACGGCUUGUGGCCCUACCCUGUGUGGCAUUGUCACUGCAGCCAACUCUGCCAUUAAAACUCUUUGCCAAAGUU